AUGUCGUCGCCGCCAGCGCCCCCGUGCUGGCCCGCAAGCAUCACCACCGGCCGCCGCCCCUGCAACACGCCCCUGUCGCUAGCGCCGCGGCUCCCUUGGCCGCGCCCGCCGGACCUCGACCUCCUCCUCGCUGGACCUCGCGUCUUCGCCCUCUUCCCCGCCGGCCGCCACAGCAAGCCUCGACGCCCCCUCUCCCCAUCAACGCCGGUGAGGCCCCCCUGGCCUCUCCUCCUCUCUCUGCCCUCGCACACGACCGCGGCCAUCACGCCCCGGGCCGCGUCCAAGCUCGUCGCCCGCGUCGUCCCGCUGCCCACGCGCUCUGGCCUUGCCCUCCUCGCCGCUGCUCCGCCCGGUCACCUCGACCCCGUCCCGCCCGGCGUGUCACCUCGCGCGCUCGUGCCCGUGCUGUUGCCGGCUACCGCGUGCUGCUGCUCCUGCGGCUGCGCCGCCCCCGCUUCUCGCGUCCACCACCGUGCCAUCGCCCCCGCCUCACCCGCCUGCUCCCCUCGCCGUGCUGGCCUCGCCCACGCCGGCCUGGCGACCUGCCAGGGCGCCGUGCUCGAGCCCCCCCGCACUCCCUCUCGAUCUCCUACACCCACCUCCGUCACGCCAGAGCCCUCCCCCGCCGACACCUCGUCGUACCCGAAAGCCCGCCGCUACUCCCGGCGGCCCGGCGAGCCUCCCCACAUCGUCGCCGCCAGCGCCCCCGUGCUGGCCCGCAAGCAUCACCACCGGCCGCCGCCCCUGCAACACGCCCCUGUCGCUAGCGCCGCGGCUCCCUUGGCCGCGCCCGGCCGGCGCCUGCCAGCGCGCGCUCGCCCAAGCCGCCUCCUCGCCGGAGAGGGACGGAUCCCGGAGGCCCUGUCACGGAUCCGGCCUCCCUCGCCUUGCUGCCCUUCGCCGGACCUCGACCGCCUCCUCGCCGGACCUCGCGUCUUCGCCCUCUUCCCCGUCGGCCGCCAGCAAGCCUCGGCGCCCCCUCUCCCCAUCAAUGCCGGUGAGGCCCCCCGGGCUCUCCUCCUCUCUCUGCCCUCGCACACGACCGCGGCCAUCACGCCCCGGGCCGCGUCCAAGCUCGUCGCCCGCAUCGUCCCGCUGCCCACGCGCUCUGGCCUUGCCCUCCUCGCCGCUGCUCCACCCGGUCACCGCGACCCCGUCCCGCCCGGCGUGUCACCUCGCGCGCUCGCGCCCGUGCUGUGGCCGGCUACCGCGUGCUGCUGCUCCUGCGGCUGUGCCGCCCCCGCUUCUCGCGUCCACCACCGUGCCACCGCUCCCGCCUCACCCACCUGCUCCCCUCGCCGUGCUGGCCUCGCCCACGCCGGCCUGAAAAAUGUUCGCCGGACUAUAUCCAGGGAUCUCGCCGGCCGUACCUCCACAAGUCAGGUUCCCGACCCUGCUUUAAAGGCGAGGGCUGAUACGGGAGUGACGCUGGAUUGUCCUUCGGCAGAGGAGUCGGAUGAUGUAUCCAUCACAAAUUCUGAAGUGGAAAGCGCCAUGAAUCAUCGGCGCCGGCGGGCCGCUCUUCGCGACCCCGGCUUUACAAAGGAGGCAUUCAACGCCUUCAGCUCGGCUGAUGCCGAGGGCAGGAACAGACAGAUUUAUGUCUGCAGGUAUUCUGACUGGCCGUCCUGA